GGGCUUUUUGUAAUCCGCGCGAAGAGAUGGACGAGAAUGAACCAUAAACUAGACCGUUUGAACCGAGAGGGUCGGCACGCACCGACCAUCGCUUAUGGCCUAUUUUGAAGUCGUGUGGUAAAUUUACAUCUGAAUCAUGCCUCCCAAGAAAGAUGCCAAAGGAGGCUCCAAACAGCCCUCCAAAACACCCAAGAAGAAGGAGGGAGGAUCUGGAGGAAAAGCCAAGAAGAAGAAGUGGUCAAAAGGAAAAGUUCGUGACAAGUUGAACAACCAAGUUCUUUUCGACAAGGCCUCCUAUGACAAGCUUUUAAAAGAAGUUCCAUCUUAUAAAUUAAUCACUCCAUCAGUCGUCAGUGAAAGGUUGAAGGUUCACGGAUCUCUAGCUCGUAAGGCUCUAGAAGAACUUCGCAAACAAGGACUCAUCAAGCAAGUAGUCAGGCAUCAUGCGCAAGUGAUCUACACCAGGAUAACCAAGGGAGAUGACCCUGUCUAAUGUAAACUUAUUUGUAUAACUUUUUUAAAAUAUAUUUUUAAGUUUAUAUUUA